AUGGGCCGCUACCGCAUCCGCGUGGCCACCGGGGCCUGGCUCUUCUCUGGGUCUGUCAACCCCGUGCAGCUGUGGCUGGUGGGGGAGCGCGGAGAGGCGGAGCUGGAGCUGCAGCUGCGGCCAGUGCGGGGCCAGGUGGAGGAGUUUGAACAGAACAUUCCCCAGGACCUGGGGCCACUGCAGUUCGUGAAGUUGCGCAAACACCGCCCCCUGAUGGACGACGCCUGGUUCUGCGACCGCAUCACCGUGCAGGGCCCGGGAGCCUUGGAGGAGGCCGCCUUCCCCUGCUACCGCUGGGUGCAGGGCGAGGGCCUGCUGACCCUGCCUGAGGGCACCGCCCACCUGGCAGGAAACUCCUUGGAUGUCUUCCAGAAGCACCGAGAACAGGAACUGGAGGAAAGACAGCAAAUCUACCGCUGGGCCACCUGGAAAGAAGGGUUACCCAUGACAAUUGCUGCAGACGGUAUAGAUGACCUGCAUCCAAAUAUGAGAUUCCAUGAGCAGAAAAGGCUAGACUUUGAGUGGUCAGCAAUUGCAGGGAUUAUGGAGAUUGCCCUCAAAUAUGUUUACACCCUCCCAAGCCCCUGGAAACGCUUGGAAGAUUUUGAUCAGAUCUUCUGGGGACAAAAGACAGCCCUGGCUGAGAAGGUUCACCAGCGCUGGCAGGAAGAUGAGCUUUUUGGCUACCAGUUGCUCAAUGGCGCCAACCCCAUGCUGCUGAGACGCUCCACCUCUCUGCCCUCCCGGCUGGUGCUGCCCUCAGGGAUGGAGGAGCUUCAGGCCCAGCUGGAGAAAGAACUCCAGAAUGGUUCCCUUUUUGAGGCUGACUUCAUUCUACUGGAUGGAAUUCAAGCCAACGUGAUCCAAGGAGAGAAGCAGUACCUGGCUGCCCCCCUUGUCAUGCUGAAGAUGGAGCCCAGUGAAAAGCUGCUACCUAUAGUCAUCCAGAUCCAACCUCCCAGCCCCAGCUGCCCCAUCCCACCACUGUUCCUGCCCUCAGAUCCUCCACUUGCCUGGCUCCUGGCAAAGAUGUGGGUCCGAAGUUCAGAUUUCCAUGUUCAUGAGCUCCAGUAUCACUUGCUGAACACUCAUUUGCUGGCUGAGGUUAUUGCUGUGGCCACCAUGAGGUGCCUCCCAGGACUGCACCCUGUCUUCAAGCUCCUGAUCCCACACACACGCUACACCAUGGACAUCAACACCCGGGCACGACCUGGACUCGUCUCAGAUGGAGGUUUAUUUGACAAGGCAUGGAGCACAGGUGGAGGGGGGCAUGUGCAGUUGAUCCGUCGGGCCACGACUCAGCUGACCUACCGCUCCCUCUGUCCUCCUGAUGAUCUGGCUGACCGGGGCCUGAUGGGAAUCCCAAGUGCCCUCUAUGCCCAUGAUGCUUUACGCCUCUGGGACAUCAUUGCUCGAUACGUGGAAGGGAUCAUCCACCUCUUCUACCAUGGGGAUGACGUCGUGAGAGGGGACCCUGAGCUGCAGGUCUGGUGUCGGGAGAUCACUGAGGUGGGGCUGUGCCAGGCCCAGGACCGAGGUUUCCCUGUGUCCUUCCAGUCUCGGGCUCAGCUCUGCCAUUUCCUUACCAUGUGCAUCUUUACAUGCUCUGCCCAGCAUGCAGCAGUCAACACGGGCCAGUUUGACUGGUAUGCCUGGGUCCCUAAUGCCCCAAGCUCAAUGCGGAUGCCCCCACCUACCACCAAGGAAGAUAUCACAAUGGACACAGUGAUGGGCUCACUACCUAAUGUCUGGCAGAGCUGUCUUCAAAUGUUUGCCACAUGGCUUCUUAGCCAGCCACAGCAAGACAUGGUAAGAGGGGACCUCUGGAAUUCUGAGGGGACUGAUGGCUGACAAGGAGACUUAGGGUGAGGGACUGGAGUUUGGGUUCCUUUGUCUUAGAACUAGAAGAUGAUUGAUCCUUGCUUUCUGCUUCAGGUACCACUGGGGCAUCAUAAAGAAGAGUAUUUCUCAGGUCCUGAGCCCAAGGCUGUUUUAAGGCAGUUUCAGGCUGAUCUGGACAAACUGGAAAAGGAAAUCGUGGCCCGGAAUGAGCAGCUAGACCUUCCCUAUGAAUACCUGAAGCCCAGCCUCAUAGAAAGUAGUGUUGACAUCUGAGCCCAAAUUGUUCACUAUUCAAAUACUUGAGGCCACCACCAUGAUUAACAUCCCCCCCUACCCCACUCUUCUCAUGCAUCUGAGUUGCUAAGGUUCUAUUUUCUCCUCUUGGGUUCCCUACCUAAAUAUCUCACCUGCAUGAAGCAUUGUCCUUACUUCCAGUUCCCUAAUAGGAUGAUCUUUAACUUGAAACCAACUCACUUAGAGAAAUUAAAUAGCUACUCAUAUAAUGUUUCCUUUCUUCUGGAAAUUUUGCCUUCUGCAUUUAUCAAUAAAUCAUUAUAUAAUGAUAUUAUAUUUUCAUUGACAUAAGUGAUUUAAAACAUAUGUUUUAAUGGUGUACCUAAUGUUUAAUACAAUGAGAGAGAAGUUAAUUCCAUAUUCUUUUUUUUCCUGCUCUGGACAAUCAGUUAUCACAGCACUGUUCAUUGAAAAGCCCAU